UGUGCGGUGAACUCUGUGGUCUGAGAGGGCGCAAGCGCACUGGCUCUCUGGCGACGUACAGGCGCGGAUUGUUGAAAGGGGAGUACAGCAGGAGACUGAUGCUAAAAUUAAUAUUUGGCGCAUAUAAAACCUAAAAUAAAAGGCGGCGUUGUUUCCCGUGAGCAAGCGUAUCUCAUUGUAAUACCUUAAUUCGCGACGUAUAUUCGCCAACAACGAGGGCUGAGUAAUGGCGGACAAAGAAGUGUAUGACGAUGCAGUGGAAGAGAGGGUCAUUAAUGAGGAGUACAAGAUCUGGAAGAAGAACACACCUUUCCUGUAUGACCUUGUAAUGACACAUGCCCUGGAGUGGCCAAGCCUGACUGUGCAGUGGCUGCCAGACGUCAAUAGGCCUGAAGGGAAGGACUAUGCCAUUCAUCGGCUGGUGUUGGGAACCCACACUUCAGAUGAACAGAACCACCUGGUCAUCGCCAGCGUGCAGAUCCCCAAUGACGACGCCCAGUUUGACACCUCCCACUAUGACAGCGAAAAAGGAGCAGAAUUUGGAGGAUUUGGAUCAGUGAGUGGAAAGAUAGAAAUUGAAAUCAAGAUCAAUCACGAGGGAGAAGUGAACCGGGCAAGGUACAUGCCACAGAAUCCCUGCAUCAUCGCGACAAAGACGCCAACUUCAGAUGUCCUGGUUUUCGACUACACCAAACACCCCUCCAAACCAGACCCCAGCGGCGAGUGUAACCCCGACCUGCGGCUGCGGGGUCACCAGAAGGAGGGCUACGGGCUGUCCUGGAACCCCAACCUGAGCGGCAACCUGCUGAGCGCGUCGGACGACCACACAAUAUGCCUUUGGGACAUCAGCGGAGGACCGAAGGAGGGAAAGAUCGUCGAUGCCAAGACGAUCUUCACCGGCCACACCGCGGUGGUGGAGGACGUGUCCUGGCACCUGCUCCACGAGUCCUUGUUUGGCUCCGUGGCCGACGACCAGAAGCUGAUGAUCUGGGACACGCGGUCUAACAACACGUCCAAGCCCAGUCACUCCGUGGACGCCCACACCGCGGAAGUCAACUGCCUGUCCUUCAACCCCUACAGCGAGUUCAUCCUGGCCACCGGCUCCGCUGACAAGACGGUGGCCCUCUGGGAUCUCCGGAACCUCAAACUGAAGCUUCACUCCUUUGAGUCGCACAAGGAUGAGAUAUUCCAGCAGGUGCAAUGGUCCCCUCACAACGAAACCAUUCUGGCUUCCAGCGGCACAGACAGAAGGCUUAACGUCUGGGAUCUGAGCAAAAUUGGAGAGGAGCAGUCAGCAGAGGAUGCAGAAGAUGGACCUCCUGAGCUUCUGUUUAUCCAUGGAGGACAUACAGCCAAGAUCUCUGACUUCUCCUGGAACCCCAAUGAGCCGUGGGUUAUCUGCUCCGUUUCGGAGGACAACAUCAUGCAAGUGUGGCAGAUGGCCGAGAAUAUUUACAACGACGAGGAGUCCGACACCCCCGCCUCCGAACUGGAGGGGCAGGGGUCGUAACCCCACAGCGCCCCAGCAGGGCCGAAGGAAGGGGAGCGACAGGACAGAGGCCGGCGCCUGAGAAAAGCCCAGCCCCCCCCUGGUUACGGACUCCUGUGAUUCCAGUCUUCACCUGCCACCAUCUUCUACAACCCAUUGAUCUACUUCCAGCUCUCCUCCCUCUGCACUGUUAAUAGAUGCCUUUACACUUGCAAAGCUGUUAAGGGGACAGGUGGACAAACGGGGUGUGUUCCAGUUUAUUUUUGUAGUAUAAAAUGAGUAUGUCGCUGGGAGAACUGCUGAAUGCGCCACCUUGUCCCUUCUCAAGAUGAGGUGGUGCUCGAGCGCAGCAGAAGCGUUUGCUAGCGUAGACCUGCUGAAGACAUUCUGGUACAAGGCUCUCCAGGGAGCACUGUGCACAGGUGCCAGGACCCUGUGCUUCAUUCCGGCACUCGAUUUCAAAGAAAGAACACAAGAUAAGAGCUGGGGCUUUACGUUUUACCAUUUAAAUCAGUUUAAGUUCUUUUUCUUCUUCUUCUGUGUUGAUGUUUGCGGUUUGGGUACAGUCCUCGGUGGCGCUGUACACCACGACGCUUUGCUUGCGCCGACGCUUUUCUCCGAAUUGCGCCCUCCUGUUUCUCCCAGAGCUAAACAAAGGUUUGAUUUUGUGACGCGGCCUGCUAGAUUGCUUUAAGGAUCAGUUCCGAAAAGCAAGUGUAAUCGCAUCUUGAAAUUAUGCUGUAGCUCAUCAAAAGUGGUUCAAAUGCUAUUCUUCUAUUAGGAGCAGCAGUUCAACGCUGCUGAAAUGGACAGCACUUGGCAGGUAGUGGAGAUGGCACUUGAACGGGUUUGCGGAGAGGAAAACAAAUUUUGGGAUGUUAGUAAGGAAAAGCAGUGAAUUCCGCUUAAUGAGAGUGCUUUUACUUUUUAGUUUUCUGGAGAUGCAGUAGAUGGCAAUGUGACAAAUCACACCCAUCAUGCACCCUGCUUGUUCUUCCAAUCCUGUCCACAAGGUGGCAGUGUAAACAUGGCAUGGGUAGCAUUUAUUUUCUUUUUUGUACUUUUUGUUCCAUUUUGUGCAAAGUAUGGUAUAAAAUGCAAUAAACCUUUUG